AUGACUGAGAUUCAACGUAAGGGUAUUCCCCUUGCUUUGGCCAAGCGUGAUGUUUUAGGUGCUGCCAAAACCGGUAGUGGUAAAACCUUGACCUUCCUUAUUCCCCUUCUCGAGAUCUUGUACAGACAAUCAUGGAAUGCAGCUGAUGGAUUAGGUGCCUUAGUUAUUUCACCUACUCGUGAAUUAGCUGUGCAAAUUUUCGAAGUAUUAAAAAAAAUUGGUAAAGCACAUACCUUUUCAGCAGGUUUGAUUAUUGGAGGUAAAGAAUUCAAGGUGGAGCAAGAGCGUAUUGCCCGCAUGAACAUUUUGGUGUGUACACCCGGCCGUCUUUUACAACACAUGGAUCAAUCUGUUGGAUUUUCUUGCGACAAUCUUCAAGUCUUAGUAUUGGAUGAAGCCGAUCGUUGUAUGGAUAUGGGUUUCCAAAACACCAUGAACGCCAUUAUUGACAAUUUGCCUCGUCAACGACAAACCUUGUUAUUUUCCGCUACCCAAACACGAUCCGUCAAAGAUUUAGCUCGAUUAUCACUCAAGGAUCCCGAAUACGUUGCCGUUCACGAAAAGGCAGAACACAGUACACCAAAGACCCUCAGUCAACAUUAUGUCGUAGCCGAACUUCCCAAGAAAUUAGACGUACUUUACUCAUUUGUCAAAUCUCACUUGAAGAACAAGACAAUUGUUUUCCUUUCCAGUUGUAAGCAAACACGAUUUGUGUUUGAAUCCUUCUGUAAGUUACAACCGGGUGUGCCCAUCAUGCAUUUGCACGGUAAACAAAAGCAAACGAAACGUGUGGAUAUUUUCAGAAAGUUUACUUCGAGUCAACAUGCUGUUCUUUUGUGUACGGAUAUUGCUGCUCGUGGUUUAGAUUUCCCUGCAGUGGAUUGGGUACUUCAAUUGGAUUGCCCUGAAGAUGCUGAUACCUAUAUUCAUCGUGUGGGUCGUACUGCUCGAUUUGCUGCUGAUGGUCAUGCCUUGAUGAUCUUGAACCCCUCUGAAGUCGAGGGCAUGUUGGAAGAAUUAAAAAAGAAGCGUGUACCUAUUGAGGAAAUCAAGAUCAGAACCAGUAAACAACAAAGUAUUCAAAAACAACUUCAAAGUUUCUGUUUCCAAGAUCCCGAGAUCAAAUACCUUGCACAAAGAGCCUUUGUCGCUUAUAUGCGAUCCAUUUAUCUCCAACGCAACAAAAAGGUGUUUGAUGUUACGGCUUUACCUGCAGAAGAAUUCGCUCUUUCUCUUGGUUUAGCUGGUGCUCCCAAGAUCAAAUUUGUCAAGAAGGCAGAAAAGAAGAUCAUGGGUGCUCAAGAAAAGAAGGAAGCAUCGGAUGAAUCUGAAGAAGAAGAAGAGGAGGAGGUCGCAGCACCAGUCAAGGAACAAAAGACCAAGAUUGACCGUAUGUUUGGCAGAAAGAAUCAAGAUAUUUUAUCAGAGCAUUAUAGCAAGCUUGUUGAUUUCGAAGGAGAUAAGAUCAAAUUGGAAGGAGGAGCUGAUGAUGAAGACGAUGAUGAUUUCCUUACACUUCAACGUGCUGAUCAUGCUUUGGAAAGUGAAGAGGAAGACGAUAUGAACGAAGUUGAAGGAGAAAAUAUAUCCAAGAGAAAGUUGAAGAUGAGUAAAAAAGAAAGAGCAAAGAACAUGCCUCGUGGUGACAAAACCAUCUUUGAUGAUGAAGGUGUUGCUCAUGCCAUGUAUGAACUUGUGGAUGAAAAGGAUUUCUUGAAGGAUGGUGAUGCAAAGUCCCAGAUUAAGGCUUUCAUUGAUGAAAAGGGUGAGCUUAUGCAAACUGCUGAUAAAGAAGAUAAAGAAACUGUCAAGCAAAAGAAACUCGCAAAGAAGAUCAAGAGAAAGGAAAGAGAGAGAGCUGCUUUGAAGGAAGGUGAGAGUGGUUCUUCUUCAGAAGAAGAGGGAAGCGGUGAUGAAGGUUCUGCCAUGUCUGAAGAUGAGGAAGAGCCUGAGAGAAAGAGAAAGUGGUUCGAGGAUGAAAGCUCAGACGAAGACUCCAACAAGAAGAGAGUGAUUGAUGUCGCUGCACCCGAGACAUUGGAAGACCAAGAAGCACUUGCACUGAAGCUUUUGGGCGCUUAA